UUUAAAAAUAACUAGCUUGUACUGACAGCACAAGCGCCCUUGCCCGUCGCGUGAAUUUCUCGAUCCGCUUGUGACGCCACCGGCGUAAACCGAACCAAGACUAACGCAACGCUUUGACCCAGGAUGUCCAGCAUUUUUGGCAGCAUUACGGUGGAGACACCAAAGUACACUGUUCUUAAAACGCUCGGGACCAGUGGCGCGGAGCUGCGCAAAUAUGCGCCUCAGGUACGGGCCGAGGUGACGUACGACAUGCCUGAGGCGGCGCCCAUCAUGGACGGCCUCAACAACCCCUUCCGCUCCCUAGCGGGUUUCAUCUUUGGGAACAACACCGCACGCUCAGGGGCCGGCAAUGAGAAGGUGGCUAUGACGGCGCCGGUGGUGAUGCAGCAGCCCGCUGCCUCGGGCGCCUCGGGCGCCUCAGAGAAGAUCGCCAUGACUGCGCCGGUGGUCAUGCAGCAGCCGGCGGGGGCGGAGGGCGGCGAGGCCGCGGGGACCAAGCAGCGCGUCAUGGCCUUCAUCAUGCCCAGCAAGUACCACUCGCCGGAGGACCUGCCCGCGCCCAAGGACCCGCGCGUGCGCCUGGUGGCGGUGCCCGAGCGCACCUUUGCCGCGCUCACCUUCCGCGGGGGCAUGAGCGCCGCGGUGGCGGCCCGGCGCGAGGCGGAGUUGCGGGCAGCUGCGGCCGCCGAGGGCGUGGCGCUCAACAGCGACAAGGGGCAGGUGCAGUUCGGCGCGUUCAACCCGCCCUGGUGCCUGCGCUGGUUUAAGACCAACGAGGUGCUGAUUCCCGUGGCGGAGGAGGCGGCGGGGGCUGCGGCGGGCAAGCAGUAGAGGAGGGGUUAUGCGUCCGAGCCCAGUAGGAGGAGGAAGGGGCUCAGGAGGAGGCGCGGCAGCAGGAGCGGCGCCCGGGGAAGGCGUGGCGGGGGAAUUGCAUUGGUUGCAAUAAGCGCAGGAGGUGCUACGAUAGCGCACGCAAACAGGCGUGGCAUGAGCGCAGUAUGCGGGGUUUUGAGAGAGCAGAUCUACGGAUUCCGCAGUUUAGCAGGAUGUUGAUUGUGCACAUGUUUGGCCACUGCGUUGAUCUAGGUUGCGAAAGCAUAAAUAGAGCUACGGCUUGGAGUGCAUUUGCAUUGUGGGUGGAGCUGGAGUUGCAGUUGUGUUGGAUAUAGCGGACUACCACUGUAUGUCCAGCCACCGGACAACAUGGUUUUGGACAGGGAAGUUAAGUUGAGCCGCUGCAAAAGUGGGUCUUCCAAGCUGCGGCGAGCCCACCACAAGGGGAAGUUAGGUUGGUGCGCAGAGACUGAUACACUGCAACCGUGUAACGGCCGCUAAAG